AUGCAACCUCCACCUGGUUCCUCUAUACCGCCCUCCAAAGUCUAUAAACUUCGCCGUGCUUUGUAUGGUUUGAAACAAGCUCCUCGUGCCUGGUUCGCCAAGUUUAGCUCCACCAUUCAUGAUUUUGGAUUCUCCUCUAGUGCCUAUGAUUCUGCCCUUUUUAUUCGUAAGACAGAGUGUGGUACUAUUCUUCUUUUUCUCUAUGUGGAUGAUAUGAUCAUCACUGGCGAUGACACAGUGGGUAUCUCUAGUCUCAAACAGUUUCUCAGUCGCCAAUUUGAGAUGAAGGAUUUGGGUCUUCUCAGCUAUUUUCUCAACUUGGAAAUCUCUCAUGAUCCGUCUAGUUACUUUCUCUCCCAAGCCAAGUAUACUUCUGAUCUCUUGGCUCAUGCUAGUCUUACUGAUUGCAAGACUGCCUCUACUCCCGUUGAUCGUCAGACUCGUCUCACACCUCUUGAUGGUCACCUGUUGUUUGAUUCUACUUUGUAUCGUCAACUAGUUGGCAGUCUUGUCUAUCUCACGGUUACUCAUCCAGACAUUGCUUAUGCUGUUGACAUUGUUAGUCAAUUCGUGGCUGCUCCUCGCUCUCCGCAUUAUGAUGCUCUAGUUCACAUUUUACGAUAUCUCAAAGGCACUAUGUUUCAUGGUCUUCACUACUCCGCUCAUUCUUCCCUACAGUUACAUGCAUUUUCUGAUGCUGAUUGGGCAGGGGACCCUACUGAUCGUCGUUCUACUACAAGAUUCAAUUUCUUCUUGGGUGACUUUCUCAUUGCCUGGUGUAGCAAGAAAUAA